UCUCUUCCCAACAUGUAUCUAUCUACAAAGUCUAGUCCAAAUCCAAACAUAGUUUCUCAGAGUUUAUUGCUUUUGAACUCAAACAAAAAAAAAAGAGCUUUCUUCAUUGUCUUUCAGUUUUUUUGUUAUUUUCCCAUUCCUGUGGCAAAAAAAAAAAAAAAAAACUCAAAAUCAAAACUCAAAAAUAGUGUUUGAAUUGUCUGAAUUUUUGCACCAGUGGUUAGAGAUCAUUCUUUUGAAGUCAAUUUGCAUUAGUCUUGUAGAUCGCAUCAUCAGUAGCACCAGAGUUGUUCCAUUGAUUCUCCAUUGUUUCAUAAUUCAGGUUUUGACUCAAGUCACAAGGAAGAGGAGAAGAAACAAAAAUCAAUGGAAAUUUUAAUUUCUGUUGUUGCAAAAAUAGCAGAAUAUACUGUUGUGCCUAUUGGACGUCAAGCAAGUUACUUGAUAUUCUACAAAGGUAACUUCAAGACGUUAAAGGAUCAUGUUGAAGACCUUGAGGCUGCAAGAGAAAGAAUGAUCCAUUCGGUUGAAAGAGAAAGGGGAAAUGGUAGAGACAUUGAAAAAGAUGUUCUGAAUUGGUUGGAGAAAGUGAACGAGGUCAUUGAAAAGGCGAAUGGGCUUCAAAACGAUCCUCGUCGUCCCAAUGUUAGGUGCUCAACAUGGUUGUUCCCCAACUUGAUUUUACGUCAUCAACUAAGUAGGAAAGCCACAAAAAUUGCAAAAGAUGUUGUUCAAGUUCAAGGAAAAGGGAUUUUUGAUCAAGUUGGUUACCUUCCCCCUCCAGAUGUAUUACCCUCCUCCUCACCAAGAGAUGGUGAAAAUUAUGACACAAGGGAGUCGCUUAAGGAUGACAUUGUGAAGGCUUUAGCAGAUCUUAAUUCACAUAACAUUGGAGUCUAUGGGUUGGGUGGGGUGGGUAAGACCACUCUGGUGGAGAAAGUUGCUCUAAUAGCGAAGAAAAACAAAAUGUUCGAUAAAGUGGUUACAACACAUGUAUCUGAAAACCCAGACUUUAAAACAAUUCAAGGAGAGAUUGCAGAUUCUUUGGGUUUGCAAUUCGUUGAGGAGACUGUUCUUGGCAGAGCAAAUCGCCUAAGACAGAGAAUCAAGAUGGAGAAAAAUAUCCUUGUCAUUUUAGAUGAUAUUUGGAGUAUACUUGAUUUGAAGAAAGUGGGAAUUCCAUUUGGAAAUAAACAUAAUGGUUGCAAAUUGUUGAUGACUAGUAGAAAUCAAGAUGUGUUACUAAAAAUGGAUGUUCCAAUGGAGUUCACUUUCAAACUUGAACUUAUGAAUGAAAAUGAGACAUGGAGCUUGUUUCAAUUUAUGGCCGGAGAUGUGGUUGAAGAUAGAAAUUUGAAAGAUGUAGCAGUUCAAGUUGCCAAAAAAUGUGAAGGUUUGCCUCUUAUGGUAGUGACAGUAGCACGUGCAAUGAAAAAUAAGAGGGAUGUCCAAUCUUGGAAAGACGCACUAAGGAAAUUACAAAGUACUGAUCAUACAGAGAUGGAUGCGAUAACUUAUUCUGCUUUGGAAUUGAGUUACAACUCUUUGGAGAGUGAUGAAAUGAAAGAUCUCUUCUUGCUUUUUGCAUUACUGCUAGGUAAUGAUAUAGAGUACUUUCUCAAAGUUGCAAUGGGAUUGGACAUAUUGAAGCAUAUUAAUGCCAUUGAUGAUGCAAGAAACAGACUUUACACAAUAAUCAAAUCUUUGAAGGCGACUUGUCUUUUGCUUGAAGUUAAAACAGGUGGAAGGAUUCAAAUGCAUGACUUUGUUCGUGAUUUUGCUAUCUCCAUAGCACGCAGGGACAAACAUGUAUUUCUAAGAAAACAAUUUGAUGAGGAAUGGACAACCAAGGAUUUUUUCAAAAGGUGCACGCAGAUCAUUCUCGAUGGGUGUUGUAUUCACGAGCUUCCUCAAAUGAUUGAUUGUCCAAACAUUAAGCUUUUCUAUUUGGGCAGUAUGAAUCAAUCUUUAGAAAUCCCUGAUACUUUUUUUGAGGGUAUGAGAAGCCUUAGAGUGCUAGAUUUAACACACUUGAACUUGUCAUCAUUACCCACAUCAUUUCGGUUGCUAACAGACCUUCAAACAUUAUGUUUGGAUUUUUGCAUUUUGGAAAAUAUGGAUGCAAUAGAAGCUUUGCAAAAUUUAGAAAUUCUUAGACUCUGUAAAUCUUCAAUGAUCAAGUUGCCAAGAGAAAUAGGGAAAUUAACUCAAUUAAGAAUGCUUGAUUUGAGCCAUUCAGGAAUAGAAGUGGUCCCACCCAACAUCAUAUCAAGUUUAUCUAAAUUGGAGGAGUUGUACAUGGGAAAUACCUCUAUAAACUGGGAAGAUGUGAAUUCAAAAGUUCAAAAUGAAAAUGCUAGCAUUGCCGAACUUCGAAAACUACCACACUUGACAGCUUUAGAAUUACAAGUUCGUGAGACUUGGAUGUUGCCAAGGGACUUGCAAUUGGUGUUUGAGAAGCUGGAAAGAUAUAAAAUAGCUAUUGGAGAUGUAUGGGAAUGGUCUGACAUUGAGGAUGGAACCUUAAAAACAUUGAUGCUCAAACUUGGUACAAACAUACAUUUGGAGCAUGGAAUUAAAGCAUUGAUUAAAUGUGUUGAGAAUUUGUAUUUGGAUGAUGUAGAUGGAAUUCAAAAUGUGCUUCCUAACCUAAAUAGAGAAGGAUUUACAUUGCUGAAACAUCUCCACGUCCAAAAUAAUACUAACUUGAAUCACAUUGUCGACAAUAAAGAGAGAAAUCAAAUCCAUGCGUCCUUUCCCAUCUUGGAAACACUUGUACUUCUUAAUCUUAGAAAUUUGGAGCAUAUAUGUCAUGGUCAACCUUCAGUUGCUUCUUUUGGAAGUCUCAGUGUUAUCAAAGUAAAAAAUUGCGUCCAGUUAAAGUAUCUUUUCUCCUUUACAAUGGUUAAAGGACUUUCUCACCUUUGUAAGAUUGAAGUUUGUGAGUGCAAUUCUAUGAAGGAGAUAGUGUUCAGAGACAACAAUUCAAGUGCUAAUAAUGAUAUUACUGAUGAAAAAAUCGAGUUUCUUCAAUUGCGUUCUUUGACUUUAGAACAUUUGGAGACACUUGAUAAUUUCUUCUCAUAUUAUUUGACACAUUCUAGAAAUAAGCAAAAGUGUCAUGGUUUAGAGCCGUGUGAUUCUGCACCAUUUUUUAAUGCUCAGGUUGUAUUUCCUAAUUUGGAUACCCUUAAAUUUAGCUCACUUCUCAAUUUGAAUAAAGUCUGGGAUGACAAUCAUCAAUCAAUGUGCAACUUGACUAGCUUGAUUGUGGAUAAUUGUGUUGGAUUGAAGUAUUUAUUUCCCUCUACUUUGGUUGAAAGUUUUAUGAACCUCAAACACCUUGAAAUAAGUAACUGUCAUAUGAUGGAGGAGAUAAUAGCUAAAAAAGACAGAAACAAUGCAUUGAAAGAGGUUCGUUUUUUAAAUUUAGAAAAAAUCAUAUUGAAGGAUAUGGACAGCUUGAAGACAAUAUGGCAUUACCAAUUUGAAACAUCCAAGAUGUUGGAAGUGAACAAUUGUAAGAAAAUUGUGGUGGUUUUUCCUUCUUCAAUGCAAAAUACAUAUAAUGAGCUUGAGAAGUUGGAGGUUACAAAUUGUGCUUUAGUUGAAGAGAUAUUUGAAUUGACUUUCAAUGAAAAUAACAGUGAAGAGGUUACAACACAUUUGAAAGAAGUUACUAUAGAUGGAUUGUGGAAUCUGAAAAAGAUAUGGAGUGGAGAUCCGGAAGAAAUUCUUAGUUUUCAAAAUCUAAUAAAUGUAAAAGUAGUAAAUUGUGCAAGCUUGGAGUAUUUAUUACCAUUCUCCAUAGCCACUCGUUGCUCACAUCUCAAGAAACUUGGUAUAAAAUGGUGUGAAAACAUUAAGGAAAUUGUUGCAGAGGAGAAAGAAUCUAGCUUGAGUGCAGCUCCCAUAUUUGAGUUUAAUCAACUAAGUACUUUAUUGCUUUGGAACUCACCUAAACUCAAUGGUUUCUAUGCUGGAAAUCAUACUCUAGAAUGUCCAUCAUUGAGAGAAAUUAAUGUCUCUAGAUGUACAAAGUUGAAAUUGUUCAGAACACUAUCUACAAGAAGCUCCAAUUUUCGAGAUGACAAACCCUCUGUUUUAACGCAACCACCACUUUUCAUUGCCGAAGAGGUGAUUCCAAACUUGGAGCUGUUGAGGAUGGUACAGGCAGAUGCUGACAUGAUAUUGCAAACUCAAAACUCAAGUGCCCUCUUUAGCAAAAUGACUUCUAUUGGCUUGACUAGCUAUAACACUGAAGAGGCAAGAUUUCCUUAUUGGUUUCUUGAAAAUGUGCAUACUCUUGAGAAACUACAUGUUGAGUGGAGUUGCUUCAAGAAGAUAUUUCAAGAUAAAGGAGAAAUAAGUGAGAAGACUCGUACACAAAUCAAAACACUGAUGUUGAAUGAAUUACCUAAACUUCAAUAUAUAUGUGAUGAAGGAUCUCAAAUUGACCCAGUUCUUGAGUUCCUUGAAUACUUAAAGGUUCGUAGUUGUUCUAGUUUGACAAAUUUGAUGCCUUCCUCUGUCACACUUAAUCAUCUGACGCAGUUGGAGAUAAUAAAAUGCAAUGGGCUAAAAUAUUUAUUCACAACUCCUACGGCGCAAAGUUUAGACAAACUCACGGUGCUGCAGAUAGAAGAUUGUAGUUCACUUGAAGAAAUAAUUACUGGAGUAGAAAAUGUUGACAUUGCUUUUGUUAGUUUACAAAUUUUGAAUUUGGAAUGUUUGCCAAGCCUCGUCAAAUUUUGCUCUAGUGAGUGUUUCAUGAAGUUUCCGUCAUUGGAGAAAGUAAUUGUUGGCGAAUGUCCUCGCAUGAAGAUUUUUUCUGCCGGACACACAAGUACACCAAUUCUUCAAAAAGUCAAAAUUGCAGAAAAUGAUUCAGAAUGGCAUUGGAAGGGAAACCUAAACAAUACAAUAUACAACAUGUUCGAAGAUAAGGUGGGAUUUGUUAGUUUCAAGCAUUUACAACUAUCUGAAUAUCCCGAGUUAAAAGAAUUGUGGUAUGGUCAACACGAGCAUAACACAUUUAGGAGUUUGAAGUAUCUAGUGGUUCAUAAAUGUGAUUUUUUGUCCGAUGUGCUCUUUCAACCUAACUUGUUAGAAGUGCUGAUGAAUCUGGAAGAAUUAGAUGUGGAGGAUUGUAAUUCAUUAGAAGCAGUUUUUGAUUUGAAAGAUGAAUUUGCCAAAGAAAUUGUUGUGCGGAAUUCUACUCAAUUGAAGAAACUAAAAAUAUCUAAUCUUCCAAAACUGAAGCAUGUAUGGAAAGAGGAUGCAUUUCCUAGUUUGGAUACCCUUAAAUUGAGCUCACUUCUCAAUUUGAAUAAAGUCUGGGAUGACAAUCAUCAAUCUAUGUGCAACUUGACUAGCUUGAUUGUGGAUAAUUGUGUUGGAUUGAAGUAUUUAUUUCCCUCUACUUUGGUUAAAAGUUUUAUGAACCUCAAACACCUUGAAAUAAGUAAUUGUCCUAUGAUGGAGGAGAUAAUAGCUAAAAAGGAGAGAAAUAAUGCAUUAAAAGAGGUUCAUUUAUUGAAAUUAGAGAAAAUUAUACUGAAGGAUAUGGACAACUUGAAGUCAAUAUGGCACCACCAAUUUGAAACAUUGAAGAUGUUGGAAGUGAACAAUUGUAAGAAAAUUGUGGUGGUUUUUCCUUCUUCAAUGCAAAACACAUAUAAUGAGCUAGAGAAGUUGGAGGUCACAAACUGUGCUUUAGUUGAAGAGAUAUUCGAAUUGAAUUUCAAUGAAAAUAACAGUGAAGAGGUUAUGACACAAUUGAAAGAGGUUACUAUAGAUGGACUGUUCAAGUUGAAAAAGAUAUGGAGUGGAGAUCCUCAAGGAAUUCUUAGUUUUCAAAAUCUAAUAUAUGUACUACUAGAUGGUUGUACAAGCUUGGAAUAUCUAUUACCACUCUCCGUAGCCACUCGUUGCUCACAUCUCAAGGAACUUGGUAUAAAAUGGUGUGAAAACAUGAAGGAAAUUGUUGCAGAGGAGAAAGAAUCUAGCUUGAGUGCAGCUCCCAUAUUUGAGUUUAAUCAACUAAGUACUUUAUUACUUUGGCACUCACCUAAACUCAAUGGUUUCUAUGCUGGAAAUCACACUCUGCUAUGUCCAUCUUUGAGGAAUAUUGGUGUCUCUAGAUGUACAAAGUUGAAAUUGUUCAGAACUCUAUCCAAUUUUCAAGAUGACAAACACUCUGUUUCAACGAAACAACCACUUUUUAUUGCCGAACAGGUGAUUCCAAACUUGGAAAUGUUGAGGAUGCAACAGACGGAUGCUGACGUGAUAUUGCAAUCUCAAAACUCAAGUGCCCUCCUUAGCAAAAUGACCAUUCUUGGUUUGGCUUGCUAUAACACUGAAGAGGCUACAUUUCCUUAUUGGUUUCUUGAAAAUGUGCAUACUCUUGAGAAACUACAGGUUGAGUGGAGUUGCUUCAAGAAGAUAUUUCAAGAUAAAGGAGAAAUAAGUGAGAAGACUCAUACACAAAUCAAAACACUGAUGUUGAAUGAAUUACCUAAACUUCAACAUAUAUGUGAUGAAGGAUCUCAAAUUGACCCAGUUCUUGAGUUCCUUGAAUACUUAAGGGUUCGUAGUUGUUCUAGUUUGACAAAUUUGAUGCCUUCCUCCGUCACCCUUAAUCAUCUGACGCAGUUGGAGAUAAUAAAAUGCAAUGGGCUAAAAUAUUUAUUCACAACUCCUACUGCACGAAGUCUGGACAAGCUCACAGUGCUGAAGAUAAAAGAUUGUAAUUCACUUGAAGAAGUAGUUAAUGGAGUAGAAAAUGUUGACAUUGCUUUUAUUAGUUUACAAAUUUUGAUGUUGGAAUGUUUGCCAAGCCUCAUCAAAUUUUGCUCUAGUAAGUGUUUCAUGAAGUUUCCGUUGUUGGAGAAAGUAAUUGUGAGGGAAUGUUCUCGUAUGAAGAUUUUUUCUGCUGGAGACACAAGCACACCAAUUCUUCAAAAAGUCAAAAUUGCAGAAAAUGAUUCAGAAUGGCAUUGGAAGGGAAACUUAAACGAUACAAUAUACAACAUGUUUGAAGAUAAGGCCAUAACUUCGGUUGAGGUUAUCCAAACUAGGCGUAAGUAUAGGCGUUGGAAAGCUAAGAAAUAGAUCUACAACUAUUAUGUUGAGCAGGAAUCCCAGUUUGGAUGUUCUCUUGAUGAACAAUUAUCAUCUCUGAAUCACUAAAGCUGAUGUGGGAUUUUGGGCCACUUAAUCUUUUGCCAUAAUGGGCCGAUUAGUCCUUUUAGCCCAACAAUUGAUCAAAUUCGGUUUUGCUAAUUAGGUUAAACUUGUAAUGGUAUAAAUAAGGCUGCUAUAGCCGGAACAUGGGGAUCUUUUGGCAGCUGUCAUUUGUUAUUUUCGAUGGAAGCUUAAUCAUGUAGAUCAAUUCACCUGUUAAGGAUUCUGUUUAAUGUCAUGAGGUCUGAAUUCUAAUGUCAAUUCUGUUUCUUAUGAUUUAAUAUCUUUUUACUUUCAA